GCCAGCUCGGGGUGCGGUCGCUUGGCAGUAGAGAGAUUGGAAAGAGUGAGUUCAUAGUCCUAGUGGUUUUUGUUUGAUGAGAGCAGUGUUUGUGCAGAGCGUAGUGAAGAUCUUGCAGCGGCAGGCGAAGGGACAAAUCUCUAAUAUUAGAAACAAUGGCAUCGACAGGAAAGGGUUCCCGAGGAGUUAUUAAAGACUAUCCAAACUUUGAUGCAAACCAAGAUGCUGAACUGCUCAGAAAAGCCAUGAAAGGACUGGGUACUGAUGAAAGUGCAAUUAUUAGCAUCUUAACUACCAGGAGCAGCACUCAACGUUUACAAAUCUCUCUUCAAUACAAAACUCUCUUUGGCAGGGAUCUCGUUGAGGACCUAAAGUCUGAAUUGGGUGGGAAGUUUGAAAAUGUGAUUGUUGGACUCAUGAAGACCCCUCUGCAGUACAGCGUCUCUGAAUUACACAAUGCCCUUAAGGGUGCUGGAACAGAUGAAAAAUGCUUGAUAGAAAUUCUUGCCUCAAGAACCAACCAGGAACUUAGAGCGAUCUUUCAGGCUUAUAAGGAAGAAUAUGACAAAGAUUUGGAAGAAUGUAUUAUCAGUGACACUUCUGGACAUUUCCAAAGGAUUUUGAUUAUUUUGCUACAGGCCAGAAGGGAUGAGAGCACAACAUACACUGAAGCUGAAGUUAAAAAAGAUGCUCAGGAACUGUUUCAAGCUGGAGAACUGAAAUGUGGUACAGAUGAGUCAAUGUUUCUCUCCAUCGUAGGGAGCAAGAGUGUUCAUCAUCUUCGUCAAGUUUUUACAGAGUAUAUGAAAAUCUCAGGCUACCAAAUAGAAGAAAGCAUUUCUUCUGAGACAUCUGGAAAUUUGAGGAGUGCUUUGCUAGCAGUUGUCAAGUGUAUAAGAAGUGUUCCUGAAUAUUUUGCUGAAACACUCUACUAUGCCAUGAAGGGAAGUGGAACCAAUGAUGAAACACUCAUCAGGGUUAUAAUUUCAAGGAGUGAAGUUGACCUGAUGGAUAUUCGUAAGGCAUUCUAUGACAACUAUGGAAAAACUCUCCAGAGUAUGAUCAAGAGUGACACGUCGGGUGAUUACAGAAAUGUCCUUCUAAGCUUGUGCGGCAGUGAAGAUAAUUAAUGCUCUUUUUGAAAUAAUGAAUUCCAUAGUCAGUAUUGAAGUUUUAACCUGUUAAUUGCUUAUCAAAGUACAAUUGCAAUGCAAAUGCUUUUUAAUGAAUUAGAGCUUGCAAAACAUGUUAAGAUUUAUCUAAUCUUAAAUUAGUUCCUAAUAAUGCCUUAUUGGAAUUUUGCAGUUUGAAUAUUGCAAAUAAUUUUACUACCAAAUCCAAUAAUUAACACAGUAAAUAAUUAAAGCUGUUUUAUUUGUUGUAAUAGUAUUUCUGUGAAAUGGAAUGGAUAACUGUAAGAUUGCAUUGGAUGGCAUAAGAUAACUAAGUUCCAAUCUGAGCUGGGGAACUACUUCAUGUUAUACGAUUAGUAAUCCAGAGCCAUGAAUUCAAGUCCAAAUAUAAAUUUGAAUACUUAAAGUUAAAAAAAAUCUUGAAUAAAAAUAUGCCUAUAGAGGUAUUAAAAUCUAUCUGGAUUAUUAAUAUCCUUUUCUGGAAGGAAAUUGACCAUCCUUCUCAGGUCUGGCCUACAGUGACUUUAGACAGGCAGCAACUCUUAUCUGCCCAUAAGAGCAAUGGCCAUGCAAAUCAAUCAGUGACCAAAUUCAAUACAUAGAUAAUUAAGGAAGUUUGUCAUUGCACUGUCCCUGAGAAAAUGGGGAUUUCAUUGCACUUAUCAAAUUACUGAGAUGAAUAAAUAUUCAGUCCUAAAACAUUUCUGUCUGAGCAAUGGACCAACUCAUUUUUAAAUUUUGUUGUUGUUGGCAUUCCAAGGAAUGAUUUCUGUUGUAUUUGUUUGCAUCUGGAAGACCACCGGAUAAUAUUUCUAUUGGGUUAGUAUGAAGAUCGCUGGGUGGUUGGAUGGUUAUUCAGUAAUUGUGAAAUCAUUAAUAGUGAUGUCGAUCUUCAUAAUUGGCAGUAUACAAGGAACCCUUUUGGAAUUAGUUUUUUUCUGGGAACAUUUCUAAGCUGUAUUUAAUAGUUUAUGCUCUACUGCAUUGUUUUAAUUAAUACAUGCAAGGGAUUAAUAUGUAAUAUGCACACUUAAUCCCUUAGCUAUUACAUGUUAUUAUAAUGUUUACAUAGCUGAGUCAAACUAUUGCUUUAAAAGAAUAAAUGUCUGCCAAUUGCUUUUCACGUGUAAUAUAUUUGUUUCUCAAAUAAAUCUGUGAAAAAUAU